AUCUCUGGAGAAACCAGAUCAGUGAUCGAAGCUACUGGAAGUUUUUUCAGAAACCAUGAGGAAGUGGACGAUCGCUUCUGCCCUGCUCCUUCUUUGCCUUCUUUCUCUCGUUCCAGAUCAAGGUCCUAGAUUUCAUGCCAAGGCCGACGGUGCCGCGGACGAAGUUGUAGAUCCACCAAAGGUCGAGGAUAAGAUCGGCGCCGUUCCACAUGGCCUCUCCACUGAUUCUGAUGUUGCCAAGAGGGAGUCGGAGUCAAUCUCGAAGAGAUCUCUUCGCAGCAGCGGGGAGAAAUUUGAGUUCCAAGCUGAGGUGUCUCGUCUCAUGGACAUUAUUAUCAAUUCCUUAUAUAGUAACAAAGACAUAUUCCUCAGAGAGUUGAUCUCCAACGCCUCUGAUGCGUUGGAUAAGAUUAGGUUCCUUUCCCUGACUGAUAAAGAGAUCUUGGGUGAGGGUGACAACUCGAAGCUGGAGAUACAAAUUAAGUUGGACAAAGAAAACAAAAUCCUUUCUAUUCGCGACAGAGGUAUUGGUAUGACGAAAGAGGAUUUGAUUAAGAAUUUGGGAACCAUAGCAAAAUCUGGAACUUCAGCAUUUGUGGAAAAAAUGCAGACAAGCGGAGAUCUCAAUCUUAUUGGACAAUUUGGAGUAGGUUUCUACUCCGUGUACCUUGUGGCUGAUUAUGUUGAAGUGAUUAGCAAACACAAUGACGACAAACAACAUGUGUGGGAAUCGAAGGCUGAUGGAGCAUUCGCCAUCUCUGAAGACACUUGGAAUGAACCUUUAGGCCGUGGAACUGAAAUUAGACUGCACCUUAGGGAUGAAGCUCAAGAAUACUUGGAGGAGGGCAAACUGAAAGAUUUGGUGAAGAGAUAUUCAGAAUUUAUCAACUUCCCCAUUUUUAUCUGGGCAAGCAAAGAGGUUGACGUGGAGGUUCCUGCAGAUGAGGAUGAAUCCAAUGAUGAAGAAGAAUCACCUGAAAGCAGCUCAUCGGAAGAAGGGGAAGAUGAUGCAGAAAAGAGUGAGGAUGAAGAUACCGAGAAGCCAAAGACAAAGACAAUCAAAGAAACAACUUAUGAAUGGGAGCUUUUGAAUGAUGUGAAAGCUAUAUGGCUGCGGAGUCCUAAGGAGGUGACAGAAGAAGAGUAUACUAAAUUCUAUCAUGACACAUUGCAGGAUUUUGGUGAUGACAAGCCUUUGGCAUGGAGUCACUUCAAUGCAGAAGGUGAUGUUGAGUUCAAAGCUGUUCUGUUUGUGCCUCCUAAGGCUCCUCAUGAUCUAUACGAGAGCUAUUAUAACAGCAAAAAAUCCAACUUGAAGUUGUAUGUUCGGAGGGUUUUCAUCUCAGACGAGUUUGAUGAGCUCUUGCCAAAGUAUUUGAACUUUUUGCUGGGUCUUGUUGAUUCCGAUACGUUACCUCUCAACGUUUCACGAGAGAUGCUCCAACAACACAGCAGCUUGAAGACAAUUAAGAAGAAGCUCAUCCGCAAGGCCCUUGAUAUGAUCCGUAAAAUUGCUGAUGAGGAUCCUGAUGAGUCCAGUGACAAGGACAAGAAAGAUGCUGAGAAGACUAGUGAUGAUGAUGAGAAGAAAGGCCAGUAUACUAGAUUCUGGAAUGAGUUUGGAAAAUCGAUUAAACUUGGUAUUAUUGAGGAUGCUACUAACAGAAAUCGUCUGGCAAAACUGCUCAGAUUUGAGAGCACCAAGUCGGACGGCAAAUUGACUUCACUGGAUCAGUAUAUCUCAAGAAUGAAAUCAGGACAAAAGGAUAUCUUUUACAUAACUGGAACAAGCAAGGAACAGCUGGAGAAAUCCCCAUUCCUUGAGCGACUUAAGAAGAAGAACUAUGAGGUUAUCCUUUUAACGGAUCCGGUCGACGAGUACUUGAUGCAAUAUCUCAUGGACUACGAAGACAAGAAAUUCCAAAAUGUAUCAAAGGAGGGUCUCAAACUCGGGAAAGACUCAAAGGCCAAAGAACUCAAGGAAUCCUUCAAGGAUCUUACAAAGUGGUGGAAGACUGCCCUUUCUUUCGAUAAUGUUGAUGAUGUGAAAGUUUCUAACCGAUUGGACAACACACCUUGUGUGGUUGUGACAUCGAAAUAUGGAUGGAGCGCCAACAUGGAAAGGAUCAUGCAAUCUCAGACCCUAUCAGAUGCAAAGAAACAAGCAUACAUGCGCGGUAAGAGGGUGCUCGAGAUCAACCCCAGGCACCCGAUCAUCAAGGAUCUUCGGGAGAGAAUAGUGAAGGAUCCGGAGGAUGUGGGUGCAAAGAAUGCUGCAAAACUGAUGUACCAGACAGCACUCCUGGAAAGUGGGUUUAUUCUGAACGACCCAAAGGAAUUUGCCUCCCAAAUCUAUGACACGGUGAAGACUAGCUUAGACAUCAGUCCCGACGCGACCGUUGAGGAGGAAGAUGAAGCAGAAGCCGAAGUCGAGAUGGGUUAUAAUUUUGUACAAGUUGGACAUCAUCAAGCCAGCAUAGAGCUGCUAACUCUUCUUGUUCAUCAUCAGGAUCAGGCUGCUUUUUAUUUGGCGUCGGAGUCCAAUAAGCUUUUGGCGUCUGCUUUUUAAUUAGAGAUUUUACUGUAGACGUUUUGUCUUUUCAUAGGAAUUUUCUGUUAGUUAUACUGUGGUUCUUCUUCUCCUGUUGCUGUUCUACAUUUCUAUUCUGAGACGCUCUGUUGUUCGUCUACCACUAUGAGGCGUUUGAUGUUGUGGGAAGCUCAAGGAGAGAGAAUAAAAGGAAUUUUUGAAA